AGGACCAGGACAGCCUGGGCUCCUGAGCGGAGUUGGCAGCAGCGGCAGUCGAACAGAGAUGGCUGCCCCCACGGAGCGCUGCCGCGGCGGUGGCGGAGGGUUUGCUGGGUGUCCGCGGACGACGAAGCCUUGGUGGCGGCUCGCGGUACUCCUGUUCUCCGUGUCCUCCCUGCCGGCGGUCACCGCGCUGGUGGACGGCCUCUACUGCGGCACCGAGGUCUGCUACGAUGUGCUCGGUGUCACCCGGGAGGCCGCCAAGUUGGAUAUCGCCCGGGCUUACCGGCAGCUGGCCCGCCGGUACCACCCGGACCGGUUCCGGCCGGGAGAGCCCGGCUCGGAGGGAGAGACCCGUGAGUCCGCCCAUACGAAGUUCCUGCUCAUCGCGACUGCGUACGAGACGUUAAAGGACGAGGACGCUCGGAGGGACUACGACUACAUGCUGGACCACCCCGAGGAGUACUACCAGCACUACUACACCUACUACCGCCGACAGCUCACCCCCAAGGUGGACGUCAGAAUCGUCAUCCUGGUCACCAUCUGUGCCAUCUCCAUCUUCCAGUACUACAGCUGGCACAGCAGCUACAACGAGGCCAUCAACUACCUGGUGACGGUGCCCAAGUACCGGAUCCAGGCCACGGAGAUCGCCAAGCAGCAGGGCCUCCUCAACCGCACCAAGGAGAAGGGCAAGAACCGCCGCACCAAGGAGGAGAUCCGGGAGCAGGAUGAGGAGGUGAUCCGUGACAUCAUCAAAAACAAGAUCGACAUCCAGGGGGGCUACCAGAAGCCCAACCUGUCAGACAUCCUGCUGUGCCAGAUCGUGCUCUCCCCCUACUACCUGACCCAGUACGCCUCCUGGUACGCCUCCUGGUUUUACCGCUUCACCAUCUGCAGGGAGGAGUACGGCGAGGAGGAGAAGUUCUACAUCAUCAGGAGGAACAUGAAGAUGUCUCAGUCCCAGUUUGACGGUGUCGAUGAAACUACCAGGCAGUCCUUCCUGGAAAAACGGCUCUGGAUCAGAGAAAACUACGAGUUGCACAGAAAUGAGCAGGAGGAGGAGAUGAAGGUGAAGAUGGCGACCGACCCGAGGAUGAAGAGGUACCGCCGCUGGAUGAAGAACGAGGGGCCGGGCCGGCUGACGUUCAUCGACGACUGACGCGACCCAGAGCCACGUCUGUGACAUACACGCCUGCCUCAGUGCCAACACACACGGACGCAAUACACACACAAACACACACACCGUGCUGUGUGGAGACGUACCUGUACAGAAAGAUUAAGUGUGCCUGUUUAUAUGGGGAGAGAUAUUUUCAUAGCGAUCGGCCAUAAAGAGGACGACUAAGUGGAAUAAACUGUGCUCGGAUUUUUCAACAUUUUUUUUUUUACAUCAUUUCUUUCUUUCUUUUUUUUCUGAAACCAAAAUCAAGUUUAUUGACAAAAUGAUUUUUUUUUUUUACUGUAAUGUUUUGCUCUCCUGCUGGUGAAAGCAGACAGAUGAAUGAGUUUUGGUGAUUUUGUGUUGAAGAAAGCCAGCAGUUUGACCCCUGCGACAGCCAACAGUACUGUCAAAAGUGUCCUUGGGCAAGGCAUCGGACCGCCUCCUGCUCACCCUGUAUGCUGCUCCAGGGAGUCAGCUAACAGUCUGAAAUAUAAAAGUAGUGAAUUGUAUUAGCAUUUAUUGCUGCUGUUAUGAUGAAUACACCAGGGCCAGGAAGUUUUCUUUAGUGACGUGGUAAAAAUCCUCACUUUCUUCCCGGGAGUCAGGCAAGAACAAGGAUAUCAAUUUAGCCUAGCUUAGCACAAAGACUUUAAGCGAGGGAAACCGUUCUAGCUCUAACAAAAGUAAGAAAAUCCACCCAACACCAAAGCUGUCUGGUUUACAUCUUAUCUUGGUGUAGAAUUAGUCAUGUAAAAAGGAGACAUUUGAUGACUAGCUUGCUAACUAACAAGGUACAAGAAGGAAGUGAAGUGACGAUAUCUUUUCAUCUGACUUCCCCUGUUGACCACAGGAACAUGUCCGUUGGAGGAACUUGAGGAGUGCAAACCGAAGAUGAUUGGUACUUCUGUUUCUUCUGAUCAAAUGUCUCUCUGUGCUUAAAUGGAAGCCAAAGUCACAGCUGUAAGUAUCUGUAAAUUCUGCAAUGGCAGAUGUUUAUCACAGGAAGUUUACUGUAGUUUCUGCUCUGUUUCUUCAGAAGUUCCGUUGACCACGUAACCGUAAAGAAAUAACUUUUACUUCAUAUUAUUUAUUGUUUGACAUCUCACUGGGUUUUUUUUGUUUUCAUUUCGGUGUGUCGAUAUGAACGCAACCAAAUAGUUUUGUUUUUAAUAAAUGCAAUCUAAAAUA